AUGACAUCCUCCGUGCUAUUUCAAGGUCGUGAAGAAGACAAUGUCCUCAAACUACUUGAGGACUUGUUGAAUGCCGAAACCUCUAAGGAUUGUGCCAACAUUGGCGAAAAAACUGGAGAAAUUUUCAAACAAGAUGAACCACUAGUUGCUUUAAAAACAACUGGAUUCUUGGAUGGAUUGGAAAAAGCUGCUCGUAACAAAAAGUCAGGCUUUCACAGGGAGUCUGCUAUGAUCGGGUUUGCCUCAAUCAUUCCAAAGAUUGGUCGUCCUUGCGAAGUUGAUUUUCUUCCAUAUCUUCCAGUAAUGCUUGACUUGUUCUCUGACAGAGGUGAGGUCGUUAGAUCUGCUGCAAAGAUGGCCUCUGAUGCCUUGCUUAAUGUUCUUCCCUCUGUCUCGGUUGAAACUCGUUUGAUUCCCUCUUUAAUCGAAUACUUGUAUAGCUCAGCCGUUAAGUGGCCAAGUAAGGUAGCUGCUCUUGAGUUGCUCGGGUCAUUGGCGAAAACUUCCCGUAACGCCAUUGCCGUUGCAAUGGGUUCUUUGAUUCCCUGCAUUCGUGAACGUAUGCAUGACACUAAAGGUGAGGUUUCUCGUGCUGCUAUCAAGUGCAUGUUGGAUCUUUGUACUGUUGUUGAAAAUAAUGACAUUAUUCCUCAUAUUCCCAAAUUGGUCGACUGCAUGGCCCGUCCAGAGACUUUGGAGGAAUGCAUCAAAGAUUUGAGUGCGACUACGUUCGUUGCCACUGUAGAAUCCGUCGCAUUGGCAGUUUUGGUUCCCAUUUUGAAGCGUGCACUUGCCGAACGCUCUCAGAUUAUGCUGCGUAUGACUGUCAUCAUUACUGACAACUUGUGUAAGCUUGUUCCUGAUCCUGCUGAAGCUUCCGAUUUCCUCCCAGAAUUGAUUCCAGAAGUUGAAAGAAUUGCUCAAAGUGCUGCCAUGCCCGAAGUCCGUGCUCUUGCGUCUCAUGCCCUUACCACGUUAAAUAAGGCUGCUGCUGCCCAAGCUGCCAAGGCUGCUAAUGAUGCUGAGAGACAAGCCGUUUCCGGUGUUCGUACCAGACUUCAUCAAUUCGUCACCGAGCAUGCUAAAUGCCCCCAGAACUUUAAUAUUAAGGAAGUUUUGGAUUAUGUUUGCGAUGCCUAUGUCUCCUUUUACAACAAUAAGAAUUUCAAUAAGGAGUCUUGGGUUAAUGAAAUGGGUAUCCCAUAUUUGACUCCUUUCGUUGGUGAAAAUGCUGCUUCUGAGUCUGUUAGAAAAGCUUAUGAUGAUCUUCACUCAUUGUAUCAAUCUUUGAACGGUCCCGAUAUCUCAGAUUUGAAUAUUGAAGAGGAGGAGCUCGUUAAUACGGAUUUCUCACUCGCUUAUGGUGGUCGUUUGCUGUUGAACCACACCAACUUGCGCCUUUACAGAGGCCAUCGUUAUGGUGUUGUUGGUCAUAACGGUUGUGGUAAAUCUACAUUACUGAAGGCCAUUGCUGAUUAUAAGGUCGAAAACUUUCCUACACCUGAUCAAGUGAAGACUUGUUUUGUAGCCCAUAGCUUACAGGGUGAAGAUACUAGUAUAGCUAUUCUUAAUUUCGUUGCUAAUGACCCAGCAUUGGCUAAUAUGAAUGUUACUCGUGAGGAAGCUGCUGGUGCAUUGAAGUCCGUCGGUUUUACGGAAGAUAUGCAACAAGAUGCAGUGGCCUCUUUAUCAGGUGGAUGGAAGAUGAAGUUAGAAUUGGCUCGUGCCAUGUUGCAGAAAGCUGAUAUCCUUUUGUUGGACGAACCAACAAACCACUUGGACGUUAACAAUAUCGCUUGGUUGGAAGCUUACUUGACCGCUCAAACUCAAAUUACCUGUCUAAUGGUUUCUCACGAUUCCUCUUUCUUGGAUCACGUUUGUACAGAUAUUAUUCACUAUGAGGGUGUCAAGAAUGCUCCAAAGAAAUUGGGCUAUUUUCCUGGUAAUCUUUCUGCUUUCGUUGAGAAGAAGCCUGAAGCUAAGUCUUACUAUACACUUUCAGCCACAAAUGAAAAGUUUGUUUUCCCUCCCCCUGGUAUUCUUGCUGGUGUUCGUUCCAACACGAGAAUUAUUCUUAAAAUGACCAAUGCAACAUAUUGUUAUCCCGGCUCUUCCAAAAAAUCAUUGGAUGACGUUACUUGCGGUCUUUCUCUAUCUUCCCGUGUUGCAAUUAUCGGCCCCAACGGUGCUGGUAAGUCUACUCUUAUUAAAGUUUUGAUCGGUGAGGUUAUACCUCAAGAAGGCCGUGUUUUCAAACACCCUAACCUCCGUGUUGGUUAUGUAGCACAACAUGCUUUCCAUCAUUUGGAUCAACAUUUGGAAAAAACACCCAGUCAGUAUAUUCAAUGGAGAUAUAGUGGUGGUCAAGACCGUGAAGUUUUGGAGAAAGAGACUCGUAAAUUAACAGAUGAGGACCGUGCUCAAUUGCAACGUGAGAUUACUGUUGAUGGUGAACGCCGUAGAGUGGAAGCUUUGAUUGGUCGUCAGAAGUAUAAGAAGUCUUUCCAAUACGAAAUUAAAUGGCUCGGUAAGCCUCACAAGUACAAUAAUUGGAUCCCUCGUGAUCUAUUGCUUGAACAUGGUUUCCAAAAGUUUGUUCAAGCCUUUGAUGAUAGAGAAUCAUCUCGUGAAGGAUUAGGCUUUAGAGAACUUAUCCCUGAAGAUAUCCGCAAGCACUUUGAAGAGAUUGGUCUUCCUGGUGAUAUUGCAGACUACAGUCCUGUAAGCAGCUUGUCUGGUGGUCAAAAGGUCAAGGUUGUUAUCGCGGCUUGUUUAUGGAAUAACCCUCAACUUUUAGUUUUGGACGAACCUACAAACUUUUUGGAUAGAGACGCUCUCGGUGGUUUAGCAACUGCUAUUCGUGAUUGGGGUGGUGGUGUUGUUAUGAUUUCUCACAACGCUGAAUUUGUUUCUGCACUUUGCCCCGAGAAUUGGCUUGUCGUUGAUGGCAAGCUUACAAACAAAGACAAGUCUGCUGUUGACACUGAGAAGUUUGAGGAUUUGUCCGAGAAGGACUUGAAGAAAAUUGAAACCAAGACUACCAAGAAGAAGAAGCUUACUAGGAACGAAAUGAAAAACAAAGAGCGUCGUGCUCGUGACAGAGAACUCGCAUGGUUAUCUUCUCCUAAGGGUACUCCCAAGCCUAAGACUUUCUUCUCUGAUGAUGAAGAGUAA